AGUUUUUAAUUUUUUUAAAUUUGUUUUCUAAUUCGCAUAUUACAAAUUUAUUGAAUUUAUGGAAUUAAUCAUUUUUAAAACUGUAUCAUAUGAAAAAUUGAUUGAAAAUUUUAUAUUUUAUAUUUCCUUUAAUAAAAAAAUACAGAUCAUUUAAUUAUUUUAAUUCAUCUUAGUAUAUUGUUCAUAUAUAAUUAGAAACAAUAUAUAAAUAAUAGAUAUUGAAAUUGCAUAAAAAAUGUUAGUUACAAUUAUAGUACACUCAUACUUAUACGACGUGUCUUUAGAAAGCUCAUUAUAAUUACAUUAUAAGGGAAAAGCUAGUGCAACGCAGUGGAAUACGACACGACACGAUACGACGUGCAGGAUACUAAUAUUGUACACGUUAUGCGCUGUCGCAGUCGGAAUAGACCGAGUAAAACCGAAAGAGAAAGAAAAGUAUGAGCAUUACUAUAUCGUGUACGAUAGUACCUAAUUAGUACUAAGUACGAUUUGAAUAAUUGUUCGAAACGUUUAAAAAAAUAUAUUUCUAAUAAUAAUAUAUAUCCAAUAAAUAUGUAUAAUUAAGAAAUAAAAAAAAAAGAAAAAAAAUAAACAAAAAAGAUAGUUAUUUGGGAUUGUACAAGUCAUACAUAACGAAUUCACGGCUACGAGUCAUUCAUCCAGUCUAGUUUCCGAAUCGAUUUCUCUACGUCUAAUACGUUUGUGUUGCUAACGGUCUUCAACUGUCGAAUUAUGGGCUCAGUCGUUUUAAAAUCUCUCUCAGUUCUUCUUGGGAUAUUCUUCGUUUUCGUUGGUACUAUGAAAUUGACUUCUCAUAUUAGUAAAGAUCUGCACAAGGAUUUGAGAAAAGAAUACGUGAAAUACGCAAAGGUAUUUCCAUUAUCUGGUACAUUGGAUUUUAAAGUACCAAGUAAAUGGUAUAGAAGAGUUGUUGGAUCAUUGGAAAUUAUUUGCGGACUCGCAAUGGCCAUAGUUCCAAACCAUAAAAUAAAAAAUGCAUCAAAUACAGUAUUAUUAUUAUUAAUGUUAAUGGCUGUAUAUUCACAUUAUAUGGUAAAUGAUAAAUUUGAAAGAAUUGCACCAGCAUUGGUGUUCUUUUUUAUGCUAACAGGCCGAUUAGUAAUAGAUUGGCAACUUAGACGAGAAGAUACACAGCCAGUAACAGCAAAUGGUGUAGAUGAUAAAACCAAAAAACAAGAUUGAAUUUGAAAUUCUUAUGCAUAUUCAUGAGAUUAAAACCUUCAUUUGGUUAUCAUAUUAAUUAUCACCUGCAACGUAUCAUGUAGGUAAUAGUUCGUUAAAGGAAUCCUUAUUAUGCACGACAAAUAAGUUACUCAUUUGAUUUUUGAUUCCUUAUGAUAAUCAUGUAAAAUAUAUUCUUUAAACUUAUAUGUUAAUUUUAUUCAGAAUUUAUAUCAAAUUACUUUUUCAAUAAUAGCAUUUGAAUUUAAAUCUAAAGAAAUUAGAAAUCUUGAAAAUUUCGAAAAAUAUAAAUAUUUAUCAUUAUUUAUAUAUUACUACAAUAUAAUUUAAUUAAUGAAACAUAAAGUAUUAGCUCAAAUACAAGGUAUUAACUGCCAUUUGAAUUAAUGUGUUCUUCUUGAUAUCAUAUUGAGAUUAAAUGUUUCUAUGUAUAAACAUUGCAUUAUAGCGCACACGCGUGUUUUCUUUGUAUUUAUAUUUUUACUUGUUUUUUUUAUUUUCAAAGAAGAAAACACGCGUAUAUUUAAAAUUCGAAUAAAAAUGUACAAAUUUAAAAUUCGUACAAAUACAUAAUAUAUUAUUACAAUUGAAACGAAAAUUA